AUGGCGUUCUUCCUCAUCUGUCCCCGAUUCAGAAAAUACUGGAAAGGCUCAGACUCGGACACAAGGCACUCCUACAAGUUGAACCCCUCUAAACCAACACCAGAUGGCGGUUCGAAUGGGUAUUCCAAGGACAGGCAAGAUGUCGCACGCCCCGGUCAUCCCAGACGCUCCUCCGGUGGCCUGCCCGAUAGACUCCGUAGACGUUUCUCUCGAGAAGCCAGAGACCAGCGUGUGAGGCCAAAAAAUGAUCGCAGAAAGUCUGGAUCCCCAGCAUUUCCAUUCUCUUCCAGAUUUGCCAGUCCUGGUGAAAGAGUAGCUACUCCGGACGAUAUUGGGAGCAGCUUCAUGAGCGAAAGGGGAUAUGACAGCGACGCGCAGUUUAUAAACACCCCCAAGCAGAUCAGCCACACCAGAGACCAUCCUUGUAAUCCACGUAUCCUUGAGGAGGCUGCUGUCUCCCCUUUGCGGCGCGAGAUGGAACAGGGGAUGCCAUAUGUGCAGGCUUAUAGUCCAGAGCUUGAAGACCUAGAGAGUGCACCAUGUGCGGACCCUACUACAAGGGAAGAGUCACAAUCCGCUCUGCGUUCGAAGAGUCAGGUGUUUUGCAUGACCCAAUUGUCUCAAGGCUCCUCUACCUUCCACGGCACAGAUGACGGGAGCCGUCGAGUCAGGGUUGCAAGGCGUCAAAGAGGUAUGGCGGGCAGUCCAGUUCAAGGCAAGAUAAGAAAUGGACCUGUGUAUCCAAAACAACACGGAUACCGGCCUCACCUUCGAAUGGCUUCACCUGAUCCUGGUAUACAUGGCUCGGAUUAUUCGACUCCAGUGUCUCCUGUGCCAUUCUCGUAUGCCACGUCUGCCGACUCUUUGGUUGGGCCAUCUUCACAGAUCUCUGUCAGGAAACGACGCCGGCAGCCCCCCGCAGGCCCUAUACCAGACAAUUGCUCUGUUCAUCUUGAUGACUUGAAUAUCCCGACGACCUUGGCGUCUCGCUCAACGUCUCCUCGUAUGCUAUCCCCGAAACAAUCGUUUGAUGAGAAUCGGUGGGCCAGCACUGCCGGGACGUGGAACGCAUCCCAGCCCUUUCACGACUUUUCGGGGUUUGGAGCAGGAAAAGCAUCGGAUACCUACGCAACAGGACCAAGACCUAGGGGACCAGUGAACCAGGCGUCCUCAUGCUAUUCUCAGAAGACCAGCUUGUCAUCUACAGAUGAUCGAGUCGGCUCUAUAGAUAGACGGAUCCUGAAUCAGGCUAAUACUAUACAACCUCAUGAACCCAUCGCUUCUUUCAAUUGUUCCCCUCGAUCAUUGGAAUCAUCUCUGGUGGAUGGUCAUUAUGCUCCCAUUGCAGACCAGGAUGCAGAUAAAUUUGAAGCACAGAAAACCAUGUUUUCCGAGAGAUUCGAACCAGCCCGUUCACUCAGCUCUCCUGCCCAUGGCCAUAACGACGCGGAUACGGACCUUGCACCGCCUCGCAAGGUGAGCGUUGGAUGGAUGUCAGGAGGCCGGCGACUUGGAUACGGAUACAUUCUGGUACCUGCAAAUGACGGAGCCGAUGAACCUCCACAGAAGCCCAAUGACAUUGGGUCCAGUGUCCCAGGAGUGACAGCUGUAGGCGUGGAUCUUCGAAGUGGAUCAUCAAGGCCCUUUGGGAAGGAGACUAUAGGACAAAACAAGAAAACGUCUCCUAAGGCCGGAAAUUCCAACUUCGAGCUGUCGAGCGUUAUGAGCCGCAUACGUCUUCGCAGCUUCUCUAGUGCAUUCAGCGAAGGCUUGGGUGAACAGCUCAAGUCCUCAGUGCUGGAGAAAUUCCCCAAGCGUAAGAAGGAGCAGCUCGAAUCCGGUGCAGUUGAUAGAAAAAAUCCCUGGGACUUCUGCUCUUGGGUUGAUCCAAACCAGCCUGCGAGCGAACAACAGAGUGAGCAAAAAAGCUCGUCAGUCUCUACCAGAAGUACUGAGGGGCGACCUUUGGGUAGAUGGGCGACGUUGCGACGUACAGGGAGUUUGUUGAAGGGUCGCAGCGUGUCAGCGAUUACGCGCGGCUUUGAAGCCAACUCGACAGCGACAAUGACCACUCCAGCUGGGAGAUACCCCGUGGCGCGGAGAAAGGAGGGUCGCAUUUUCAAAUUCAAGGUCCUCGACCGUAAAAAUAUGGUUAAGAGUGCCGACGAUGAUGUCCCUAUUGUUUCGGCAGAAAACUUGCAUGAAACAGCCGGCUCAGAUGAUUUCCAGCACGAGGGACAAGACCACGACCAGCAGACCGUCCAGACAGGCAUCCCUAAUACAGAAAAGAGUCGGCAUGAUUCUUCUGACAAAACCGGAUCAGAGUCGAUCACAGAUGACUGGAAAAGUACUUACCAGGACUACCAAGAAAUGCUUGGGUAG